AAUAUAUAUAAAGAGAUAACAGUGCAUAUAUAUAUAUAUAUAUAAACCGAUACUACCAAGUACAUCAUAAACGAGCUCAACAAUACAGAAGACUUUGAGUUGUUGUCUGUGAAUUAAAUUGAAAUAAUUAAAUUCAAUUGUUAUAGUUUGUGCUCUUUUUCUAAUAUGGAAGUGUCUGGUCGGAGACUCGAUACGGAAGAAGAAAUUACAGAUCAGUCAAAGAAAUUAUGUGAACUUUGUGAAGCAGAUGAUGUUAUAACCACAGCAAAUGGAAUGUGCCGUGAGUGUGAAGAAAAUAUGUGUAACACGUGUUUUAGGCAUCAUCUUAAGGGAAAAUUUUGUAGGGACCACGUGCUGACUGAUUUUAAAACAUCGUUUUUUAUUCAGGAAAAAGCUGUCAAUGUAGAGAAAUGUACUAAGCAUACUGAUGAAACAAUUAAAUUCUAUUGUAGAAAACACGACAUGGUAGGAUGUGGCGAGUGUAUGAUACCGGCUCAUAGUGUUUGUCAACCUGAAAAUAUUAAAGACAUAACAAUAGAAUUUCAAACAACUGAGCAAUUUAAAAGCAUUAUGAGAAAACUCGAGAAUUUUAUGUCUGCAAACAUAGAAAGGGAAAGAGUUAUUCAGGAAAACAAGAAAACAAAUAACAAUAGGAAGGGAGAAGCGCUUAAAGUGAUUAAAGACUUCAGAACAGAAAUAGACAUGUAUCUGAACAAUGCUGAAGCAAAUAUGAUACAAGAGGUAAACUGCAUAACAUGUGGAAAUGACAAAAUGAUAACCGAAUAUGAGCAAGCUUGUAGACUACUGCAUUCUAAAAUUACCGAAGUGAUGAAAAAGUUAGAUGUGGAACUUUACCAGGAAAGAGCAUUGUUUAUUCAAACUAUUGGUUGCAUGGCCCCAAUCCGAGAAAUUGAGCUGGAAAUUUCGCAAUGGCAAACAAAACGUGAUACCAAACCGUUCGAAUUUAUACCCGACCAGCUGUUGCAAGGUAUAAUGUCUUCAAUCGAAAAGCUUGAAAAUAUGGCUAAAUCAAUAAGCAAACUUACACAUGCAGAUACAACACAACAGACUGAAGCAGUAAGCAGACAAGAGAUUGAAGAUCACAAUAAGACUGAAGAUAAUAGUAGAAAUGCGAACGCAAAGGGUAUACUAUCUGAAAGAGGCCUGUCGUGUGAAACAGAUUUGAAGAAACCCAGCAAUUCAUCGGCUAGUUUGUGUGUACCUCGUCCUGAGAACACUACGUAUCAGAGAAAGACUCCGAGACAGUAUAAGUACCAUUCUUCAUCACAAAGGCGACCAUACAGGUGGGGUUCCUGCCAGAAUUCUCCGGAAAAACGUGGGUCGAUGACUGACUUUGGUCAAUACAGUGACAGAGACGUUAGCAAUGAAGGGCAAACACGCUCUAUAUAUUCGCGAAGAAGGGCGGAUGACACGGGGACAAAACCUCCUGAGGAAGUACCCAUAGUGAUACAUGGAUCAAACCAAUCAUCAUUGGAGCGUAUUAAGAAAACUAGUUUACAACAGAUGGAUCAAACAUGUAUUGCUGCUGGAGAAAUUGAAGCAACAUCAGAAGUCAAGUCAAGAAACUGGAAUGAUCCCAGAAUGAUAAUCGACGCUGUUGAAUCUAAAGCAUUGGUGACUUCUUUGUGUGAUAAUCCACCAGCACAUAUUGCCGUCUGCUGCAUUGGUCAAAAUUUUGGUCAUGAGAACAGUCGGAUCAGAAUGAUUGUCAUAACUACACAUCCUAAUUCUUACGUAUAUCAUCUAGAUAAUGACAAUAGUCAUUUGUUCAAUGAUGGACUGCUAGAUCAACUGCUCAUAAAUAAGCAAAUAAACAAAGUGUUCCACGAUAUUCGAAAUGUCUCAAUCAGCUUGAUUCGUGAAUUCGAUGUUCUUAUGGAUGGUACACCAAUUUGGGACAUCUCGAUGCUGUUCAGCAAGGCUUCGCCACUUCCACAAAUUGACCUGGAAAUACUGCACUACAAAAAAGGUAUAUUUAAGAUGUGGACAAUGCAGAAUGAGGAUUAUGGCAACAAAAUGUCAAGCAGCGACAGUUUUGAUGCGGAUAUGGUGGCAGAUUUAGUUGAGAGGGGGAGGCUAAUAUGGGAUUUGUAUAGGCUCUGUUUUAAGAAGCUAAAUGACGUUCUGGUUAAAAAGUUGAAGAAGGAGAUUUUUGAAGCAGCUAUUCCGUCCGCUGAUGUCUUUUUAGCGGAAAAGAUAAAAGCACUUAAACUUGAAAAGGUGAAAAGAGGGAUUAAACAAUAUUACAGUUGAUUGAAAUAAAUCAGUCAAUGUCAUAUGACUUCUGCAAUCUGCAGUUAUGCAUCUAAAUUGUGAGCGGAAAAGUGGCUAUCAAUUUUAAAAUGUAAAAGUAGCAAUCGAAGACGAUUUUAGAUUUCCCGCGAUUCACAAUUAUUUUUGAAAAAAGAUUACGUAAAAAGGGGACCUUAUGCCAGGGGCAUACAAUCAACCCAGUUUGUGGUGUAUUUAUAUCUCAGCAUUGAAAAAUGGCAUAGUCACAAAAAUGUAUUUGUUUACAGGUUAAGAUUAAAACAUGAUGUAAAAGCAAGUUUAGAUGAAACUAUUCAAGUACAAUGUUCAUUUGACUGUGACCUUAAUGCACGGACGUUUACGUCAUUACUAUGUGUUAAUUCAAAAUUUUGCUGCGGGGAAUUUUUAUUAGGCUUUUGUGAAAAAUUAUUUUGUUUAAUAUUUUCAUUAAAAUAUUUUCUCAUAAUUCGUGAAAAAUGCGUUUUCUACAUCAACUGAAGGACAUUAAUAACGCAAGUUCUAAACAUUUGAAAACAAUUUUCCAUGAAGAUUUUCAUAGUGUGCAUAUAUUUGAAAUAUGAACAUUAAAUCAUGAUAUUUAUAUGUAGAUUGUAAAUUUAUUGUAGUAUAUGAAGAUCUUUUACCGAUUAGUACCCGUUGAAGCGGUUACACCGCUAAAGGAUAAAUAAAUUGACUUGUAUUUCCAAUGAUGUAAAGUUAAGUUAACUUUAACGUUGACGUUAUUACACACGUUCGCGCGGUGAUGCCGAAGCGGAAUCCUCGAUCGCAACUGACCAGUUGAAUUUCGGAAUUUUGUUUUAUCUUGAGUACUGUAAAUAGACGUUUGGUUUAAUAAAUUGUCGGAAAAUU